UUUAUUGCAUUAUGAAAUUGAAUAAGAAUAGUUUUAAAAAAUGACAAGAUGCAAUUACAAAAGCAUUUGCAGCUAACAUUGGCAAUAAUUAAGCCACAUGUUGUUAAAUCUCCCUUUGUGCUCCAGAAAAUUCGAGAUCUAAUAAUUGACAAUAAUUUCAAAAUUGUCAGAUCGCACAGAACAAUAAUCACUCCAAAAGAAGCGGAACUAUUUUAUAAAGAGCAUAAAGAAAAGUUUUUUUAUCAUCGUCUUUUGACAUUCAUGUGCAGUGGCCCAUCUGAUAUUCAUAUCUUAGCCAAGUACGAUGCUAUUGCCAAAUGGAGAAAACUAAUGGGUCCUACCAAAGUUUAUCGAGCUCAAUAUACUGAUCCUAAUACAAUUCGAGGAAUGUUUGGUUUAUCAGAUACAAGAAAUGCAACACAUGGAUCAGAUUCCAUACAAUCUGCAGAAAGGGAAAUAGCAAUAUUUUUCAAAGAUUUUAAUUUAAAAAAAUGGUACCAAAAUGAAGAGAGGUAUUAUAAUUUAGGUCAGCUUCAUUUUGAUCCUGUAGCUUUUAUACAUACCAUUGAUAGAAGUUUUAAACAAACUUAUCCAGAAAAAAAUAUAGAUUGA